UUCUGAACUCUGAACCUGUACUGUACAAUAUUAAUGUUCUUUGCACUCUUAAACACCAUUUGUCUCUUGUCAUUUGGAAUACCAUGGUACUUGCCCUUACACCUCAUUCUCAAUCUUGCUUCUUUGCACAUUAUUGACUAAUUACUACAUGAUGUCUGUAUCGUCAACUGAUGGUCACCGGACGUAUGCACAUAAUUUCUCUGUACAAUACACUUUUAUUUGUACACCUUUUCAUUUGCACUGAGAUGGUCUCUAUUUCCUCUACCUCAUACCUUUGCACUUUUUUAAAUAGAAGAUAAUAUUUUAUGUAUAAAAUACGCGUCAACAUUUUUUCAGUAAAUAUACUUCCAAUGAGGCUAUUCACAUGUAAUUUUCACCAGACAUUACAUGCUGAAAUCUGGAAAUAUAAAGAAUUACCAACAUUAAAGUCCAUAAAUAAACUUAUGUGUAAUAAAGUGAAAUGACACAGGAAAAAAGUAUUGAACACACUAAGAAAAAGCAGUUCUCCAAGGCAAGGAACCAGCUGAAAUCUGUAAGUAGUUAGAAUAUAAUCAUACCCCCAUCUGUGCAAAAUAAUAUCAGCUGGGUUAGUAAAUGGAGGGUCUAUAAAAAGGCUUUUCAUUACGAAGGUUUCACACAAGAAACAUCUCAUGAUGGGUAAAAGCAAAGAGCUCUCCCAAGACCUUCGCAACCUUAUUGUUGUGAAACAUAUUGAUGGAAUUGGAUACAGAGGUAUUUCAAAACUUCUGAAUCUUCCAGUAAGCACCUUUGGAGCCAUUAUCCACAAGUGGAAGCAACGUCACUCCAUCAUCAACCGGCCAUGCACAGGAGCUCCUCACAAGAUUUCUGACCAGGGAGUCAGAAGAAUAGUCAGAAGAGUAGACCAAGAGCCAAGGACCACUCGGAAAGAGCUCCAGAAACACUUGGAGGCAGCAGGUACCAUCGUCACAGAGAAAACAUUAGGCAAUGCACACCACUGCUCACGCUCACCCUGCAAGACUCCAUUACUAAAGAAAAGGCUUGUCGAAGCUCGUUUAAAGUUUGCUACAACCCAUUUGGACAAGCCUAUGAAAUACUGGGAGAGUGUGGUCUGGUCAUACUACACACCAUGUUUGGAGAAGAAAUGGCACAGCACAUCACCCUAAAAACACAAUAACAACAGUGAAGUGUGGAGGUGGAAGCAUCAUGGUGUGGGGCUGUUUUUCAUCGCAUGGUACUGCAGACUUCAUAUUAUUGAAGGAACGACGAAUGGAGCCCUUUACCGGGAGAUUCUUGAGAAGAAUCUGCUGCCAUCCACCAGGAUGAUGAAGAUGAGAUGUGGGUGGAUCUUCCAGAAGGACAACUAUCCACAGCAUACAGCAAACAAAACUCUCAGUUGGUUUCAGAGAAAAUAAAUCAAGGCGUUAGAAUGGCCCAGUCAAUCACCUGACUUGAAUCCAAUUGAACAAGAUUUAAAGACAAUAUGUUUAGAAGAAUGGGCCAAAAUCACACCUGAAUACUGCGGCCCAUUAAUUUCUUCAUACAGGAAGCAUCUUGAAGCUGUCGUUACAAACAAAGGCUUCUCCACUAAGUAUUAAAUACAUUUCAGUUAGCGUGUUCAAUACUUUUUUCCUGUCUCAUUCCACUUUAUUACACAUAACUUUAUUUAUGGACUUUAAUGUUGUGAAUUCUUUAUAUUUCCUGAUUUCUUGAGUUAAUACUAAUGUCUGGUGAAAAUUUCAUUUGAAUAACCUCAUUGGAAAUAUAUUUACUGGAAAAAAUGUUGAUGCAUCCAAUACUUAUUUCCCCUGCUGUAGAUGCCAAGUCUCUUGGGUUGUCCAUCCAUCUUCUACCGCUUACUCCUUCUCCAGGGUCACGGGAGAACCUGGAACCUAUCCCAUUGAGCAUCAGGCACAAGGCAGGGUACACCCUGGACAGGGGAGGAAACCCCCACAGCACGGGGAGAACGUGCAAACUCCGCACACACAUGGCCCCGGCAGGAAUCGAACCCCGGACCCUGGAGGUGCGAGGCAAACGUGCUAACCACUAAGCCACUGUGCGCCCGUCUCUUGAGUUGUGAAUAAUAAUAAUAAUAAUCGUAAAGAAGAUAAUACAGGACCCUUGGUUUGAAGAGGCCUUCAGAGUCCUAGAUUUAAGCUGUAGUUCUAGGAGUAUAUCCUCCACUGACAUGUCUUCUCAAGAAUUAACUACAGAAAGAGCUGAUUGUUAUUCUGAGUUGUCAGAUAUGAAGUGUAACAUCUUUACCCUUGCUUUAGGCAGAUGUUCUGUAUCUGAUGACUGUAGAUCUGAAUCAGGAUAUAAGCCGAAGAAAGAAAGUGGACAAUAUGCUUUUUUUUAAAAAACAAAAUCUUUCUUAUACUAAAGAAAUGAACAAGCUUAACAAGAGUCAUUUAGGAAAACAAAUAGCAGAGUGUUUCCUGAUUCCGUUUCAGUUUGAUGUUUCAUUCAUGUUGUACACAUUCAGAUUGCUGCUAUCGUCCUGUUUACUUUAGUCAGUUUGACUCAGUGCUGGAUCUAAACGUUAUUGGGUUUGUCCUGAAGUGGGAGGAUCUGCUGAGACUGAUUCACUGAGCCUUUAAGACAUGUUUGGGAAACUUUACAUGACUAAUGAGAGCUUUACUGUGAGUUGUUUAUCAACUAAAAUGCUUACUUGUCUGAUUCUAUAGGGAAAAAAAGGAUAUGAAAAUCAGUAUUUCUUAAACUUCCUAUCUGAUCACAAUGGUCCGGACAUUUUUCUGGGGUCAGCAGGGAGCAUGUGACUCAUAGCUCUGACUCCUGCAAAGGUGCUGUGAUUGUAAAGCGAGGGCCAGUCCACUUAGCUCAUGCUGAUUAGCACACAUCUACACACACACACACACCCUCAGCCUCUGAGUUAAACUGUAAUCAUUAACUCAGAUGGCCUCAGAGGGAGAAAGAGAAGCAUUGCUUGCUUGAACAAAACCAAGCUGAACCUACAUACAAAUGGUCAGGAAGAGCCUCCGGCCAGAGAAGGAAGAACCCCAUGAAUCUGGUGCUUAUGGAGGCACAGUGAGUUGGAGCAGCUGACUCAGGAGUGUUGGAUUAGUCAGGUAAGAGAACACUACUCUAGGCUUAAGGUAGAAGGUAGAAUUUAAUACAACUUAACGCAUGAAACUCUAAAUGGGCUUUUCAUUCUUUAUAGGAACCUCAUCAUGGUUUCAGCAGUAGUUUGAUGAUUAAUAGUGCUGAUAUCAGUGUAGUGUUCCUGGAAAGAUAAGGCUAACUGGGCUAAAGUCAACAGCAUGGAUCCGAGCAGAGAGCAGGAGAAUAUGGCUGAACAGGAAAGAGAGCGGGACUGGCGAAAGCUGGAGACGCACUUCGAAUUGAAGGUCUUCCUCACGGUACUCUACAGCCUCAUUCUCAUCCUGGGAAUCGUUGGAAACAGCAUCACUAUUCACGUCACGCAAGUGCUUCAGAGAAACGGGUACUUACAGAAGAAUGUUACUGAUCACAUGGUGAGCCUGGCCUGCUCUGAUUUGCUGGUGUUACUGAUUGGGAUGCCCGUGGAACUUUAUAGUGCCAUCUGGUUCCCGUUUAGCUCUGCUUCUGGAAAUGUAGCCUGCAAGAUCUACAACUUCCUGUUCGAAGCGUGCAGUUAUGCCACCAUCCUAAAUGUGACCACUCUGAGCUUUGAACGCUACAUGGCUAUAUGCCAUCCAUUUCGAUACAAAGCGUUGGCACAUGCCCGCACUGCUCACCUCAUCCUUGCUGCAUGGCUCUCCUCCAUCCUCGUCGCUGUGCCACUGCUAAUUACAACUGGAACGCAAGGUCAUGUGGUGGAGCCAGGAGGAGCGCCAGCACAGAACCUGACCUUCUGCACCAACCUGCAUGAGUACUGGGGAAUUUAUCGCACCAGCAUAUUCACAGCUUUCAUCCUCUACCUGCUGGUCCUUGGCAGUGUGGCUUUCAUGUGCAGGAGCAUGAUUGUUGUCCUCAGGGCACCCAUGAUUACUAUGGAUGCUUCAGGCACUAGCGUGUCUAAACAUGAGAGCGCCAAGGUCAAAGCAUCCCGCAAGCAGACCAUCAUUUUCCUAGUGCUGAUCGUGUGUGCGCUGUUCGUGUGCUGGAUGCCAAACCAGGUGCGACGCUUGAUGACGGCAACCAUACCCAAGGAUGCAUGGAGCAGGAGUUACCUGGUAUCAUACGUCAAACUGCACCCUGUAGCUGACACCUUCUUCUACCUGAGCUCCGUGCUGAACCCUCUGCUCUACAAUCUCUCAUCACGCCAGUUUCGAACAGCCUUCCUCCAGACGUUGUGCUGCCGUCUCUCUAUCCAGCAUGUUAACAAGAGAACGGUGGAGAACAACAAAGCUUCCCACGCCUCCCGCCAUUCACUGCGUCCUCUGCUGUGUAAAAAAUCCCAGCACAGGAACAUGCAGCCGUCCAGCAGAGAUGCUGAAACUCUGACCCCGAGUGCAGAGAGCAGCCCUGUUGUUCAAAUCUUAAACACACCUCCACCUAUUUCAUCAGAGACGGAAACGUGAGUCAUGUCAAGCCUCUUACUCCACUAAAGCCUACUCAUCAGCUUGGAUAUCCUUAAUGGCCACUUUUUAGACACAGCUACCUUGUUGGUCCACCUUGUAGAGAGUAGUUAUAGAUUGUUUCUCAUCUUCUUUUUUUUCCCCAUGUAGAAUUUGUCAUCAGUGAUCACAGAAUUGCUGUUGGCUGAAUAUUUUUGAUUGGUGAACUGUUUCUCAACACAACAGUGACUCACAUGAUAUACAAACACACCAAAACAACACACACUACCACAUCACUGCUGUUCUGAGAAUGAUUCACCAUGAGGUAACAUCUGGCUAGCAGUGGUCCUAUAGUGGUCCUUUUCCUCCCAUAAAUUGGUUAAAUCCAGGAUUUGUGCAUUGUAUAUCGUCAUUUAAUACAUACAAACUCAUCUAUGUGGUAGAUUUACGUGACAAAAUGACCAGUAAGAGUAGGUACAAAGUCGGCACUACUUAUAAACUAUAAAUUCAGUGUAGAUUUUCCCUUUCCAUUCAGAAGAUUCUCAUUGACUGUUAUGAAUUAAUGGGCAACACUUUACAUUAAGGUUCUCUAACAACUUACAUUAUUUACUGCAUUACUUAACAUGAACCCUCAGCAUUAAUAAAUCCUAAAUAAUGUUAACAAAUUAAGUUAACAAGUGUAGUAGCUGACAGUUGUUUAAAUGUUAAUGGAAUACACCUGCAUUGACUAAUGUUCAUUCGAUCCAUGACUAAGAAUACGUCAACAUAAAAGAGCAAAAAUUUUAUUACACUGUGUUCCUAAAUUUUGAUGAUUUAAUGAACUCUAGUCUCCACAUGUGAAUAAUGGAACUUUUUAUUCAGGCUCAGCUCUGAAUUUUGCCAGUUAAAUAACCACAAAAAAAAAAGUUCAUUGAAGUGUUGGUUCAUAUUGCUCAUUGUGGGCUACAUUUUAUGAACUUAUAGGAUAAGCAUUGGGUAAAAAUUUAUUUAUUAAUUCAUUAAAAACCAUACUCACUUAAUGGAAGUGUUAGUUACUUUGUUAAUGUUGCUUAUAGUGUAUGAACGCUGACAUACAUGGUUUGUUCAUGUUAAAGUUCAUUUGAGUAAACCUUAGUUUAAAGUUUUACCAAUUAAAGAAUUCCAAUCAUUCGGUACAACUUUGAUAUCAUGACAAAAGUCCAGUCUAAACUUUGUGAAGACAUUCAAAAUGGUUGUAGACCUAAGGGCUGCACUAUAUAUACUUGUUAACCAUAAUAAACAUAAAUUUCAA